AUGGCAGCCAAGUUCUUCGUCGUCCUCUCCCUAGCGGUGGCCGCUUCAGCUCUUCCAGUUCUGGAAUAUGCUGAGCACGAAGCCCCCGCACACUACGACUUCGAGUACUCCGUUCACGACCAGCAAAGCGGAGACAUCAAGCAGCAGAAGGAGUCCCGCGCCGGAGACGCCGUCCAGGGCUUCUACUCACUGGUGCAACCCGACGGUGUCCACCGCAUCGUCGAAUACACCUCCGACAAAGUAAACGGAUUUAACGCUAACGUCCGCUACGAGGGACACCCCGUCGCUCAGCCCGCCAAGAUCGCGUACGCCGCUCCCGUCGCCAAGCUCGCCUACUCCGCCCCCGUGGCCUACGCCGCACCCGUAGCCAAGAUCGCCUACAGCGCUCCUGUUGCCAAGAUCGCCUACAGCACACCCAUCGCUAAGUUUUUCGUCGUCCUCUCCCUGGCGGUGGCCGCUUCAGCUCUUCCAGUUCUGGAAUAUGCUGAGCACGAAGCCCCCGCACACUACGACUUCGAGUACUCCGUUCACGACCAGCAAAGCGGAGACAUCAAGCAGCAGAAGGAGUCCCGCGCUGGAGACGCCGUCCAGGGCUUCUACUCACUGGUGCAACCCGACGGUGUCCACCGCAUCGUCGAGUACACCUCCGACAAAGUAAACGGAUUUAACGCUAACGUCCGCUACGAGGGACACCCCGUCGCUCAGCCCGCCAAGAUCGCGUACGCCGCUCCCGUCGCCAAGCUCGCCUACUCCGCCCCCGUGGCCUACGCCGCACCCGUAGCCAAGAUCGCCUACAGUGCUCCUGUUGCCAAGAUCGCCUACAGCGCACCCAUCGCCAAGGUCGCAUACGCCGCCCCAGUUGCCAAGAUCGCCUACAACAGUGCUCCCUUAACCCAAGUGACCUUCUCUUCCCCUGCCAUUUCCUACCACCACUAG